GCGGCGACAGGGGCCUGGGCGCGGAGAGAGGCUCUCCCGGCGGGACCGGCGGGCGGGCUCCCCUCCACCACGCGCCGCUGGGAGCCCGCACGCUCCUCCGCUCUCCCGUCCGGGACGGAGCCCUCGGGAAGGUUCCCGGAGACGCGUGGCGGCGAGGAGGACGUCCCGAGCGCGACCCCGGGGCUCGGCGCACAGACCUGAUGGCCCAGUGACCGAGUAUGGGUCAUAGACGUGCAACUCCGUGAGUUUUUACACGUGUCUACACCUGUGUAACCACCACCACAUGAGGACACAGCACAAAUCCAUCCCUCAGAGUGCUCUCCAGUGCCCCCUACCAGUUGACACCCCGGCAACAGCUAUCAUAGAGAUUUUGCCUGCUCCCAAACUUCAGGACGAGCUUGUCAUCCACAGAUGCCCCUUCUCUGCCUAAAGGAGCAGCAGGCCCCAGCCCCAAGCCCAGUGUGAGGCGGCAGAGAUGGCGCUGAGUCCAGAGCCACUGAGCAGGUUCCCUAUGCUGGCUACGACAGGCAGCCCCAUGCCCGAGCCGCCUGGCACCCCCAAUGCAUCUCUCAACAGCUCGUGGGCCAGCCCAGCGGAGCCCAGCUCCCUGGAGGACCUGGUGGCCACGGGCACCAUUGGGGUGGUGCUCUCGGCCAUGGGCGUGGUUGGCGUGGUGGGCAACUUGUACACGCUGGCUGUCAUGUGCCGCUUCCUGCACACCUCGGCCUCCAUGUACGUCUACGUCAUCAACCUGGCGCUGGCGGACUUGCUCUACCUGCUCAGCAUCCCCUUCAUCGUGGCCACCUAUGUUACCAAGGCGUGGCACUUCGGCGACGUGGGCUGCCGUGUCCUCUUCAGCCUGGACUUCCUGACCAUGCACGCCAGCAUCUUCACCCUGACCCUCAUGAGCAGUGAGCGCUAUGCUGCCGUGGUGAGGCCACUGGACAUGGUGCAGCGUUCCAAGGGCUACCGCAAAGUCCUGGCGCUGGGCACGUGGCUGCUGGCGCUGUUGCUGGCACUGCCCAUGAUGCUGGCCAUCCGGCUGGUCCGCAGGGGCCACAAGAGCCUCUGCCUGCCAGCCUGGGGCCAGCGCGCCCACCGCACCUACCUGACGCUGCUCUUCGGGACCAGCAUCGUGGGGCCCGGUGUGGUCAUCGGGCUGCUCUACGUCCGCCUGGCCCGGGCCUACUGGCAGUCGCAGCGGGCUUCCUUCACGCAGACGCGGCGGCUACCCAACCCCAGGGUGCUCUACCUCAUCCUGGGCAUCGUGCUGCUCUUCUGGGCCUGCUUCCUGCCCUUCUGGCUGUGGCAGCUCCUCACCCAGUACCGCGGGACCCCGCCGCUCACGCCCCGCUCCGCCCGCAUCGUCAACUACCUGACCACCUGCCUCACCUACAGCAACAGCUGCGUAAACCCCUUCCUCUACACGCUGCUCACUAAGAACUACCGCGACUACCGCCAGCGCUCGCUCCAAGGCAGGGGCGCCCACCGGCCCGUGGAUAUCCACAGCUUCCCGCAGGGCCGCACCGGCUGCCAGCGCGGCUCAGGCCGCUCGCUGUCCUCCAGCAGCCAGCAGGCCAGCGAGACCAUCGCGCUGUCCCAGGCGGCCCCUAGGGGGCUCUGCACCUGAGCGUCCCUGGCCUCCACGUGGGCGCUGGACUGGGGGUGGGGAGUGGCCCCCAGAGCCCAGGCCACUCCUGGACUCCCCCACUGACUGCCUCCCUUCCUCAGUCCUCUUCCAGAAAGUUCCCUGCUCUCCCUUUCCCAUCACUCACUUCAGCUCCAUCAGCCUAGCCACCUUCCCCGUAAUGCCCAGAAGUGCCCCCUGCCCCGUCCAUCUGUGAGGGUCCGUAUGAGGCUCAGGCCCAGGACCAGCUUCUGAAAACGGUGGUGAGUGGAGUCUUCACUGCAGCAGAUGUGAGCGCCUACAUGACGCGUGGCGGGGCACACACAGGCAGGUGACAGCGUGUAGGCACACAGGCUGCCUGCAUGGGACCCUCCUCCUGGCUGGUGCAUGGCCCUCUCCCCAUCCCUCCCGGCUCC